AUGGCGGACAAGAUGGAAGGCGUACUAAUGGGUGGCAGUCUUGUAGAUCCUAGCAAAUACCCCGUUCCCAUCGAAACAAUCUAUGUCAACAACCUCGAGGAGCGUGUCAAAAUUGAUACCAUGAAACAAGCCUUAACCCGUGUGUUCCAAUACUAUGGGCCGAUUCUCGACGUGAUUGCGAAGAGCAGUCUGAAGCGCAAGGGACAGGCAUUCAUCGUGUUUGACAGCGAGAAGGCAGCGCUGGAGGCUGUGGAGGAGAUGAAUGGAUUUGAAAUGUACGGAAAGGUCAUGAGAGUCCAUCGGGCCAAAACACACAGCGACGAAACGGUCAAGCGGAAGGCGCCCGAUAUGUUCGAGGACCACAAGCGGAAGCGACUGACACUCAAGGAUUUUAAGCGUGCCGAAGAAGACGCGAAAGCGCAAGCCAAUCCCGUCGCCGCCGAGAAGCCUCGCGCCGCCAAAACUGGAGCUGCCGCCGUCCCCGACGAAUACGUGCGACCCAACAAGACGCUCUUUCUGCAGAACAUCCCCCGCGACGUCGACGAGGACGACCUUACGACCAUAUUCGAGCGCUUCGAGGGCUUCAAGGAAGUGCGCCUGGUAUCAGUCAGGGCUGUUGCCUUUGCCGAGUUUGAAAACGAGCAGUUUGCGAUUACGGCAAAAGAGGCAACGGCGAAUACCCCGAUCGGCGCUGAGGGCAAGCCUAUGAAAGUCACGUACCAGCGACAGCAGUAG